AUGAUUACAUUUGUCUCACCUGAACUGAACCGGAUAAGUGUGUUGUGUCCGUUCACCUCACAGACCACAGCUACUGUCACAGAGGGAGAAUCUCUGCACGCCGUGCACACAGUGACAGGAAGCCCAGAGCAUCCUGCAGAGACCAACAGACCGGCCCAGAAGAGGAAGCGGACCUCUGCGGCUCGUCCUUCCACAUCUUCUGCCGAUCAUCUGGUCCAGAGGCCUCGGUCCCCCAUCCCACCUGCUGACCUGCCUCUGGUCUCCGACGAGGCCCCUGGCCCCCGACCCUCCACUCCUCCACUGCAGCCUGACGGAGAUCUGAACAUCUACAACCGUCCAGUGGAGGAGUUCCAGCUGAUCUACCAUGCAGUGGUAGACGACAUGCUGAAAUUCAAGAGCGGCAGACCUCGUCCUUACAGCAUAGAGCUCGGACGUCGUCUCAAACAGAAGCUCUGGGAGCGACUGGACCGUCCUACCUUCACCGAAACAGUGGAUGAAGAUGGACGGAUGCAUGUGGACAUGUCAGUGGGUGGGGACGGAGUCUAUCCUCCCCUCUAUGAUGUGGACACAUCAGGAGAACCAGCGCCUGGGAGACCUCCAGUGAAGAGAGCCAGGAAAUAGAACUCAUUGACUUUAUAUGAGUUCAAAAACACCAAACUGUAAAUCUGUAAAUAUGGAGUGAAAAGUUUGAACUCUUGAUGAGUCAACACACUGCAGAGUUAAACUCCACCUGCACCACCUGCCACGACUAACAAAGACUCUUCACACCAUUUAAAGACUUUGUUUUCUGAUAAAUCUUCUACCGAACAUCCACCUUAAGCCUCCUCCUGCCUGAUAAAGAACCAACAACUUCAACCAACCUCCACCUAAAACCACCCAGCUGUGGAUCAAUACUCUACCUCCAUCCUGACAACUACGUGCCUCCUCCAGCGUCUGUCAGCAGCUUUUACCAUCCAACUGCUGUAAACUCAAAAAACAUGUUAACCUCCACCUGCUACCUCUACCAGACAUCUGCUCCUCCUCCUCCAACACCUCCAGUAGAUUCUG